CCACAAAGCGUGGCGGCGGUGGUGAGCGCGUCGAAGGCGGCGGCCGCUGGUGGAGCUGCUGGAGGCGCCGGCAACGCCGGACGGCCCUCGAGCCUCGACCCGACGCCGGGCGCACAAGACGCGGCGAAGAAGGCCGCGCCGGUCGCCGCGGUCACCCGAGCAUCGAUGGUGUCGGCAAUGACGUGGCCCAACCAGGGACCCGUUGCCGCUCUCGGGUCGCCCAUCAAUUCGCCUCCGCCGUCGCCCGCGUCCACGCCCGGCCGUGCCUCGGCUCGCCUGGGCUCCGGUGGCGAGGCCGGCGCUCUCCUCGGCCCGGAGAUGAAGAAUGCCAUCAUCACCGAGACCAAGGCUGCUGCGCUGGCGCUGACGCUGGUCGACGAGGCCGUGAAAGCGCAUUCGUCGCUCAAGUUCGUGUCGACCUCCCGCGACUGCGUGACGCGCUGCAAGAAUCUCAUUCAGAUGGGCAACGAUUGCGUCGACAUUCUCCCGCCCUCCCUCCUCGCCACAGAAAACGACUACCCCAGGCACGCCACCCUCAACACAUUCAUUCACAUUCCUGGCAUUCACGUUUUCCCGAUCGAAAGAGAGGGCAAGGAGCUGUCGGAGCUGCUCAUGGACUUCGUGGCCGCCGGUCGGCGCAUAUUCGCGCCCGGGGCCGACCCCGCCCGCGCGGCCGAGAGCGAGCAGGCCUUCCAGGAGAUCAAGCGCGGCCUGGCCCACAAGAUCAAGUCGCUCUCCAUCUCCAUCCUGGCCUCCAUCCAGAAGUUCGAAGACGGCGAGGCCAGCAGCGGCGGCAACGGCGACUCGCGGCGCGCGAUGAGCCCCGGACCCUCCCCGCUCGCCUCGCGCUCGUCGUCCUCCUCCUUCUCCGCGCCGUCACCCGCUUCUGCCACGUCAUCGCCGUCGACGGCGCCCGCCAGUGGCAAGCAACCGCGGCCUAUUAGCAUGCGCGGGCCUGGCGCCGCCGCCGCUGCGGCCCCGCCGGCCAAGCCCGCGGCUCCCACGCUGCGGCUGGCGAGCAACCCGCACCACCAGAAGCACAUGGAGGAGCUCGAGAACCUGCUCACCCGCGUGGGCGGGCUGGGCGGGCCGCCGGGCGGCGAUGCCAGCACCCUGCGGCGCACCGCACCCGGCGGCGGCGCGCCUGCGUCGCAGCAUCAACAGGCCUCCACCGCGUCCGAGGCCGGCGAAGACCCGGCCGGCCGACCGCCCAUUCCCACGCGCCACAGCCCCAAGCCGCCCUCCAUUCACGCCGCCUUUCUGCAAAAGUCGGCGUCGGUGCGGGCGAUUGCGGCGGCGGAGGAGGGCCAGGGGCUGGCCGGAGCAGCCGGGCCGCAGCCCCACGCGGCCGACCCGUGGCGCGCCGGCUCCCGCAUCUCGCUCCCCGUCAACUUCGCCAAGCAGGAAGGGCUGCUCAAUGACAUGGAGGCCGAACACACGCAGCAGGCCAACAGCCGCAACUCCAACUCCAGUUCGGCGAUCAGCGAGUUCAGCCGGAAGGUGAAGGAGGAGAACGACUACCUGGAGCGGAUGAAGACCAUGAAGUCCUACAGCGAAUGGCGCCAGAACACCAUCGCCCGCUCCGCCCACAAGAAGAUCCUCAACCACAUGCCCGACGUGAAUGUGGGGACGCCGGCGGAGCAGCAGGCCAACAUUGUGGCGUCGUUCGGGGAGACGCUCACGUUCUUCAUCGUGUCGGCCAACGAGUAUGUGCUCCAGGCCCAGGCGCCCGACCUCGACCCGGCCGCCCUCGCCGAGCAAGCCAACGGAUUGGAGGCGAGCGUGGCCGCGGUCGGGCGGUUGCUGCGCAACGUGGUCGGGCUGUGCAUGGAGGUGAGCGGCAAGUACUCGGCGCCGUCGGUCUUUGGGAAGAUCCUCAACAACCUCCUCACCGCCAUCGAGAGCAUCCCGCCCGCCGGCAAGGCCGACGAACAGACCGUCGCCGCCGCCACCGACGUGGAUCCUGGCGCGCAUGAACGAGAAGCUGAUCUUCGAGCAGUCGAGCGGGCUGAUGCUGUUCGCCCGCCAGGCCCUGUCGUCGCUCCGCUCGAACCUGUUCCUGACCGCCAACAGCGGACCCAUCAUUCUCUACCUGGCCGCCAUCGUGUCGACGAUGUGCAAAAAGAUCGUCACCCUGCUCGACCUCACCGAGACCUGCAAGCUCAUCUACCGACACCGCAAGGCCCGCGAGAACCGCACCAACUCCCUCCGCCACCACUCCCUCGCCGUACGUGUCGUGUCGUGCUGUGUGUGUCGUGUGGCGCGCGUGUCGUGUCGUGCGGUUGGUGA